AUGAAGUCUCUGAACACGAGCAGCAUGCCUCGAGCAUUGAUGCUCCUGCUGCUCUGGGCAAUCCCUUUGUCGUUCUCCUUUCAGCCAAUGUCACGCAUUUCCACCAACCAAGCACCACCUUUACAGCAAGCGAACACUCUUGGGAUGUUGCAGCUCUCAGUAUCCUCUGACGUUUCCAAUGAUCUAAUUGUUGAUGCCACCUCAAUUGUGGUCUCACAUUCCGAAGGGUUGCUGGCUGCAACACCUGCUAUUGGCUCCUCCUUGAUCAUGUUGACCAUUGUCGGUCUGCUCUACAUAUGGGAAGAAUCCGUGGAAUGGGUGAGAGAAACCGUCCCCAAGACACUCCUACCCGUUGUGGAAUCCAUCCUGGCAGAAAUUGGCGGGCUCGGAUUCAUCGGGCUCAUCUUUGGAACGGUAUUGGGAAACUCCAAUGUGAAGGAAGGAUUGGAAGGGCUGUCGAUUACUCUCUUUGGUGAAUCCGAAAUACUCGUGGAAAACUUUGAAUUCUUGCAUUCGGCAUUCUUCCAGGUGGGCGUGGGAUUCUUCAUGGCAGUGGGAGCCAUGGCGGCUGUGGGUGUCAAAAAGUUGGACGAAAUCAAACAAGUAGAAGGUCUCGAGCAGGACCCAGAGACGGAAGCAUGCAACAUUACGCCAGAAAAGUUGGUCCGAUACAUGCCCUUGUUGCCCAAGAAAGACGACAACAAUGACAUCGAAGCAAUCUACGGCGCCAACAAUUUGUGGCAAGAAAUCUUCAUGGACAAGGAAGAACGCGCUGGAAGAACCUUGCUCUUGAGGCAUCAAAUCAUGAGAAUCUUCCCACGAUUACCCAACACCUUUCGAGUGGAACAAGUGAUACAAGCAUCCUUUGCAGAAAAUUUGUACAAGUUGGUGGAACUAUCACCGUUGACUUGGAUCUACAUUAUCCCUGGUCUGGCUCUCGCCAAUGCAAUUGAUCUGUCCCACGAAGUUGUCAACUCAGCGUCUCCCAAUGCGGCAGAGUCUGUCGGUUUCUUCUUUUCCACCCCUACAGCUAUCAUUCCUUCGGCAGUGACGGUCGCUGCGUCCAUGAUUUGGGGCUUUUGGAACUGCUGGAAAUUGACACAAAUCAAGUACAUGGUACAUCCAAAAUUAGGGAUCGACAAGAGCACUGGUGCAGCCACCAUCCUUCCCCCGCUGGUGGAAUCCGAAUCCAAGAUGCGAGAGUUUGAUUCCUCACCCGCAUGGGUGCGACCCAUUGAAAACAUCUGGGCGAAACCAGCCAAAAAUGCUUUUGACGAAGUGUUUGGGGCCGCCGGAGGCGCGGGUCUGAAACUCUACCAAAACUCCAUCAAGUAUCAAACUUGGUUGUGUCUGACUCACAUUGUCUUUUUCGGUACUCAAGUUGUACCUCGUGAUUUUGAUGCUCUCCUGUCCGGGGCGACGGUCGGUGAUCCAGACCAUUUGACAGCCGAACUUGUCACCUAUGGAAGUUUUGUACUCAUUAGUGUCCUCCAGCUGCUACUCGUGGCACCCCGUGCCUUUUGGAACUAUUGCUUGGUCGCCGUUCUGGAAGAGAAAACGGCAAGGAAACUACUGACGUUGUCCGGGAAUGAUGAUCCAAUGCAAAAGGAACAGGCGAUUCCAGUUGCAUUGAACGGUACUGCGGCCGUGGAAAUCACACCAUAG